CUGUUGCAUGUGUAUUCCGAUCCGCUACUGUAUGCUGCUGCGGUGCUGUUGCUGUACGGGGGGUGCUUGCCGGAUGCUGGAUGCUGUAUCUAUGCCACCCACACACACCACCUCACCUCCUCGCUGGGCAAAAGCUGGGCAGUAACGGUGGUACGCACCAACAAGCAGAGUCCCAUGUUGCAGUACCCAGGGUAGGGCAGACAGGCCACCACUCAUAGCAGCAGCCACCUUGACUCUGGAUUUGUUUUCCCAUUCUUCCCCCAUCACCACCACGGCCACCACCACACCAUCGGGUCGACGAGAAACCUCUAGAGAUUGUCUCUAUUCUCGCUUCUCUCUCCUUCUACUCCCCGCCUUCUUUCCCCUCCCCUCUCUCUCCUCUCUGUCACCCUCGUCCCCGUAUCGCCCAGCACACGGCGUUUCUGAGGGACCCUCAGUCGGAGUGUUGACCGUUCCAGGUUCCCCCUUCUCUAACCCCCCACCACCAACCUCUUCCUCGACAGCUCUCUCUUCCCUCUUUUUGCGACCCGCCCGGACGACGACGAGUGGCUGUUUCCUGGCCUCCCAAGGACAGCCCAGUCACCACAUCCCAAGCGCAUCGAGCCUUGAUCACCCCUCGACUGCCACACUUCCCAACCCCCGACUUCGCUGUCUUCAUCAUCGGCCAGGUCGUUGGUGGCUCCGGUCCCCAGACUCCGUCGCAUCGCAUCGCAUCGGAACGAACACUCGACCCGCUACCCUCCUCCCUCGAGACCCUGCACCCACGCUCUAAUCGGUCCUCGCACGGUAUUCAGCCACCCGACCAGGCACUCACAUCGUUGUGGAAUUGAUAGAAGCUGCCGUUGUACAGCCGCACGUACACGCAUAAUACAUAUUCUUGAGAAGGUUGUUCAGUGCGCGACAACGAUUCUCUUGGCAGCACGUCCGUUGUGUCACCUCGGCGACUUCUGGGAAGCUCCUCGUAUCAACACAACAACCUUGGAAGGUCGGCAGCACACAGUGUUUACGGCGCCGCCACUCUGCCGGCUUUUUUUGUUUGUUAAAAAAAAGUAGCACCAGCACCCGCACCCGCACCCAAACCUCCGUCCCAAAGCCUAAGCCGGGUCGUACAGUACCUUGGGCCAACGCACCCAGGCCGCCACCCACUCACAGCACGCCAUUUCCGUACCUUCUGCCAACCGUUGCCUGUUCCAGUCUAGCCCACCAUCCGCUGCGACAGGGUUCAACUUGUCACCGGCGCGCAGAGCAGUUCCGGGACUGUGAUGGACGAAAAGGGAGCGACAACAACUGCAUCCAAACCAGCUGUUGCCAGCCCCUCGACUGCACUGUCCAGCGUCUCCGACUCCAAGGGCGCUGCAAUUGCCACGACGCGCCCAUUGUACAGCAGCAAACUCGGCGAUACAAAACCAAAAGCCCCCGAAAGUAAUUCCAGUCCGACCACGAGACAGGCCCCCGCGCCGCAGCACAAGGCCUGGACGACUGCCAAUCCCAAGAUCACGGGCCGUUCGAAUAGUCCUCAGCUGAAGAACAGCACUGACUCGGCCGUCACCAAGCCGGCGUUGGUCAACUUCUUCAAUCGCGUGAGAGAGGGCAAUCGGGUCCAGAUAACCCUCGACAACGGCGCCGAGUUCGAGGGCAUAUAUGCCAACAACCCUACGAAUCCAUCCAGCUGCCACUUGAAGAUGGUCCAGCAGAAGAAAGCAGGCUCUGCUGACGCCAUGAACGGUUCGACCAAGAGACAGCAGAACAACAUGUCCUUUGCGCGGGGUAGCAUCGCCGAUGGUCGUGUCAUGGGUGGAAACCAGAACAGUCGCAAUGGCAACCGGGCAGGCUUCCAGACGGACAGUGGUAUCACUGGCGAGCGCUUUGGCGGGCAGCGCGAGCUCAAAAGGUGGGUCGGCGACGGCCUUGGCGACGUGGACGGUAGUCUGGAGAAGGCUACAGACAACAAGCCUUGGGACCAAUUCGCGGCCAACGAGGAGAAGUUCGGCCUCAAGACGGACUACGACGAGAAUAUUUACACAACAACAAUUGAUCGAAGCCACCCGAGCUACAAGACAAGGAUGGCCAAGGCCGACCAGAUGGCCAGAGAGAUCGAGCGCAGCAACCCCGCCUCCUCCCAUGUCGCCGAGGAGCGUGUGAUGGACUAUGCCGGGCCAGCGGACGGGGGCUUGGACGAAGAGGAGAAAUACAGCGGUGUCAAGCGGCCAGACUAUCCUCCCCUCGGCAGUCAAAACCCGAACAAGUACACGCCUCCGGCGCGUCGCGCCCCGGCUGCUCAGUCAACUGUGAAGGGCGCACCGGUCGACCCUGCAAUCAUCUCGUCCCAAUUGAGGAGCGGUCCGAGCAAGCAGCCAACACCUAAGCCCGAUGAAUCGAAGGUUGCGGUCCCCAACUCUACCAAGGCCCCCGCUGCGCAAAACAGCGAGCCUAAGGCUGCCGAGGCGAAGAGUGACGGCAAGGCCGAGGCGAACAAGGAUGAUGUCAAGCCGAAGGACACAGAAAAGAGCCAGCCCGACACGAAGUCCGCUGAGAAGCCCGCUGCGAGCUCGCGGCCUGCUGCUGCUACCGGACGUACGACCUCACCCGCAGACAAGGAAAAUGCUAAGCCAACGUCCACGACGAUAGAGCAGACCGUCCUGACCUCGUUCAAGAACUUCGCAAGCAAAGAGCGACAGGUGGCAGAGAAGGCUCGCAGCACCAAGGCCAAGGCAGACAAGGAGGUCAAGCUGAUUGAGCUCAAGAAGUUCGCCGACAGUUUCAAGCUUGGCACGCCUGUGCCUAACGACUUGAUCGGCAUCAUCGCCAAGGAUCCCAAGAAGCAGCAGGAGAUCCAGGCCAAGGCUCUCAAGAAUGCCGAGGAGUCGCGCAAGGCCAAGGAGGACGCGAAGAAGGACCCUGUUGCUAAAGAGAAGGAGGUGACUGCUGCCAAACCGGGCCAGUCAAAGCCGGCAGCAGAGCAGGCUGCUUCUGCUACGGCCGGCACGCCCGCUGCCACUGCGGCCGGCGCCGCAAGCGUUGGUGCUUCCCGCUCUGGUGUUGCACCGCAACACGGAACCUCUACUGCUGGAGGCCCGAACCGUCAUCCCGGCAACCGUCAGUCAUAUGCCCCGGGAUCGUACCCUCAGCAAUUCCGCGGCGACCGUUCAUCUGGGCAGAAUGUGCCUCGUCAACAUCAGCAGCCCGGCCACCUGUCUCAACGCCUUCGCAGCGCGGAGCAGCAGAGAAUGUCGCAGCCGCCUCCCCACAUGCAGCCCGACAUGCGCAUGCCUCCCACUGGCCCCGCGAACAGCAUGAACCCGUCAUUCCCCCCUCGUCACGCCGGCCUGCCACCAAAUCACAUGGGACCGGGCCCAAGGUUGAACCCCAACACCCAGGAGUUCAGGCCAAACGCGCAGCCGUUCUAUCCCACUGGGCCCAGUGCGGCCUCCAGCCCGCGCUCAGCGUUGAACAAUGUCGAAGGGCAUGGAAGCUCCACGCCAGUCACUGGCCCAGUGAUUAAGCGUAAGAUCAAGUCAAUUGACAUCAAGAAGUGCUUCGCGCUCAGUCAUGUCAUUUCUAUCAAGCAGCCUCAGGCAGGCAACAAUCGCGCAUGGGAGGAGAACGGGGGUUUGCGGCCCCCAUUCGACACCAUGCCCACAUGGAAUAGCCUCUCCGAGGGAGACGACAAGCAGGAGAAGAUCAGCUACAAGCAGCUGUUCGAGCGCCCACCCCCAUACGCUGGUGCCAUGCCCACCCCGAACCCUGCCCCAGUGGCACCUCAGAUGCCACACCAGCACCAGCUCCCCUUCCACCUCCAGCAGGGAGCUCACGCUGUCGGGCCUCGUCAGUCACCGCACAUGCCGCCACUGCAGAUGCACGCCGGCCAGCCAGGGCAUGCGCCUCACAUGCCGUUCAACAAUGGAGAGGAUGCCACUAGGAUGAUGCCCUCGAACUCGGCGCAGUCAUAUGCCUCGCCCCGGCCCGGGCAGGUACCAAUGGCUUAUCCACACGCCAUGAACUCUCCGGCGCAAAUGCCUUACUCCCAGCCCGUGAUGCCUGGGUUCAUGGCCCCUGGCGCCCCGCAGAUGACGCCACAAAUGCGUAAUUUCGCGCAGAACCCACAAUACAUGCCGCAGCAACACGCCCAGAUGGGUGGAGGGCCGAUGAUGAUGGGUCCCCAGUACAUGACAGCACCUUCCCCCCUCAUGCAGGGCGGUCCUCAGAUGCCCAUGUACGCCCCUGGUGCUCAUCCGCAGUUCAUGCCCCCUGGACCGGUACCCCCUCCGGCGAUGCCCGGCUCUAAUGGAUACCCAAGCCCUGGACGGCCAGCUGCGCCGAUGAUGGCUCCCCAGGGGUCUCAACAAGGCCAACACAUGUACGGCAUGAGCCCCGGCACGAUGCCUCAAUACCAACAACCCGUCUUCGCGCCGCAGCAACCCGGCCAAAGUAAGUUUAACAACAACAACAAUAACAACAGGCGAUACAGCUCAUCGGGCCGUCAAUACUAACGACGUCUCGAAGUGGGCAACGUGAGAGUACAUAGCAACCCUGGACCGCAGCAACUCGGCAGCAGUCCUCAACAAGUUCAUCACUUUGGGCCACAGCAGCAUCGAGGCAACGGGUACGGUGGUAAGAAUUUCACCGGCCCGCCUCAAGGACCAUCUCCGAAUCACGGUGGCCCAGCCAUUGCCCAGGCCCGGGCCCCUGAAGCGCAGGACGGAACCAAAUGAUGAUGCUUUUCUUGUUUUGCCCCAGUCGAUGUCGUCUUGGCCCUUGCUCGAAGGCCAAUCUCAACUUGAAGUCGUUUCCCUGCAUCCAUAUCGGGCCAUGACGCUCCAGCGGUGUGCAUUUCCUGUGUUAUCUCUCGGAUGACCGUGGCCCGGUCUACAACAUGCUCAUCAUACGGUCAUUUCUGCCAUAGCGUGCCUCGACGGGCUUGGUGCAACGUUAUGGCUAUCUAUCAAUGCGGUAUGAAGCAUCUCAGACAGGGUCUAGGGCCAUUAUUCUAGACAACUUUCUCGCCUAUGUGUCACGACGAGGUAUCUGACGUGUGUCGAUCAUUGCCUCUUUGGACAUCGUCGAUACCGGACUGUGACAACUGCACGUGGGCGGGAAUGCUUAUGCGCCGGGAGGAAGCAAGGUGAUCAACAUACCGCCGUCUGAGCGCAGCCUAGGCGGGAGGGAGGGCUUGCCAGAGCAGUGGUGGCUUUCAGUCGGCCAUGUGCAGGACAUACAUGGUGGAGGCAUCACAGGAUACUGCUAUUCGAGUAUCAUUUUUGGUGGGAGUUGCUUGAGGAGGACGGUUGGGCACACUUGGUCGCGACCAAACGACAAGGCAACUCGCGAUUCAGGGCACUGCCGGCCGGCUGCGAAGCGGACGAGAUAGGUGGUGUUGGGCUGUAGAUGGUCCAAACCUGGAUGUUUGCGCCGCUUGUCUGUGGCGUCUGUCACCAGGAGGUUUUGAAGUAUCGUGGUAGCGGUGGUAGUUGAAUCGAUUGUUAUCAAGUGUCGA